UCAUCAUCAUCAUUAUCAUCAUCAUCAAUCGCUCUAGGUAGCAUUGCAACCCUCCAUCUACCACUACUCUCUUCCUCUGAACAAACGAUAUUUACUCCCGAGAUUUCCCAAUAAACCAACUUUGCAGCCUUCUGAAAUUCUUUCAUUUCUUUUCUUUUUCUCCUCUUGGGGGUUUCUCUUUGUCUGUUGUUGCGGACACGUGCUUGGCUGGGAUUGAAUACCUACUUCGUCAGACUAAGCUUUUACCCAGAACUCCGUACAUAGUUAGUUAGCCAUCGUGCGACCUACGUAGGUGGCAGAAGCACUUUACCUUUUUCUGACCAGAGCUCCUCCUCCUAUCAUAUUAGCUUGGCUGCCACCUCAAUACUGCCGACUACGCACUUUUUAUCCACCCUGUGAACCGUACAUCUACUUCUCAAGAACCCAGACAGAGCACAAUACCAAGUGAUCCCUUGAAACGGGCGACGUCGGCGCUCGUAGGAUCAACCCUAGUCGCCCCCUUGCGUUUCCUUGCCGCUCCUAAACCCAGCCGAAGUCCAACCCACGCUCGGCACCCGUCUCAGCUCAUCCUCGUCCCACCAUGUCUUCUCCGCCGUGGAAUUAUAUAGCCAAGCUUGUCUGUAUCGGCGACUCAGGCUGCGGCAAGUCGUCCCUGACAAUUCGAUUAUGCGAGGGGCGGUUUAGCCCCCAGCAUGACGUGACCAUCGGCGUCGAGUUCGGCUCCAGGAUCGUGCCCGUCGGACCACCACAUUCAAAGAAGAUCUCCAAUCCUUUCUCAUCCUCCUAUGAAUCUAAAGAUCCAUCUUCGACAAUAUCGAAUAUUCCUGGCGAUAGUAAGAAUGCCGCCGCCGCCGCCGAUGAAGAGCAAAAGCAUAUGAAACUAAGUCUCUGGGACACGGCGGGACAAGAGAUAUACAAAUCCGUGACGCGGAGCUACUUCCGAGGCGCAUCAGGCGCCCUCCUUGUAUUCGACAUCACUCGACGAGCGACCUUUGUCCACGCGACCGACUGGUUGAACGAUCUCCGCACAAUCGCCGAGCCCGACAUCGUCGUGAUCCUAGUGGGCAACAAACUAGACUGUGUGCAGUCAGAGGACAGCGACGACAAUAAUAGCAAACGUGAGGUGACGUUUGCCGAAGCCCAGGAUUGGGCGCAGAAAAAUGGCGUGCUGCAAUACGUCGAAACAAGCGCCAAGAGCGGCGAGAAUGUCGAGGCAGCCUUCAUGCGCGUCGCCGAACGCAUCUUCGAGAACAUCAACGCUGGAAAAUACGACCUAAACGAUCGUCGGUCCGGCGUCAAAGGGCCUGGCCCCGGCACCGCAGCCUCACGGGGCGUCAAGCUCACUGCUAACGACGGGAAGGGCUCCUCGUUGACGGGAUGUUGUUACUGAAAGCCAGGAGGGUGGAAAUAAAAACAAAACACCAUAAUACACACACACACACAUACGCCUUAUUUAUCUAUCUAUCUAAUUUAAUAUGAGAAGACGAGAGAGAGGGAGGGAGAGAGGAAAGAGACAGAUGACGAUGAUGAUGAUGACCUAGGCAAGAACAUUCAUGAAACCCCUUUAUAUCACCUACCAUUACAUUAUCAUACAGCUUUGAUGAAAGAUAGUAUAAGCUAGAAAGUUGGGUUGGGAAUUCUUUGUAAAGGAAUUAUUGCAUUGCCGGAUGAAUGGAUAUUGUAUAUAUGCAGAGAAGACAGAGGGCAGAUGGCAUACGAUACAACAACAACAAAAUAUUUUGGCCAUGAUACCCUUCCCUAAAUAAGAGUAAUAACGUCUACUUAGUAACUAGCAAACAAUUACCUACCUAUAUUAAGUUCAUAUCUAGCAUCUAGCGUAAUAAAUAAAUGAGUC